CAGUGGAGGACGUCUGUUUCUUCAGACCCUCCCAGCGAGGCUGGACAGAACGCAUUGGAGAUGGAGAAAAACCCACUGAGAUGGGAAGCUGAGGAGCUGCAGGAGCGAUCGCAUCAAGACGAGGAAUCAAUUAAAAAACAGAACAAACCACUUCAAGGUAAAACUGAGGAGUCAGAAGAUAUCUCACAACAACCACAAAGUCUUAAAAGGAACCGUACAGCAAAUAAAGAUAAACUAAAGCAACUACAACAGAAAAAGGCCCGGGACACAGAAAUGACUGAGAUUAAUAAAAAACAGUUUGAGUCCAACAAAGACUGGGAACAAAGAGGAAACCAUCUCCAGGAGCGAGUCCAGGAAGUCCAACAUGCGUUGAAUACGGCCGGGUCUGUUGAUCAGCUCAGCAGACAGGUCAGUGAGUUAAAUCCGCCUCUAACAGCAGAGAAGGACACAAUGGAAAAUAACAGCAAACACUUUAACAAGGGGCUGUGCGAGAACAGGGAGGCCGUGAGACUUUUUGACAAUUCUCUAGGUCAAGAGACCCAGAAGCUCUAUGCCGUCCUUAAUGAGAUCAGAGUCACAGAACGUGUGAUCAAUGCGCUGAAUACUGACAACGAGGCUCUGCUUCAAGAAAACGAGGCCUUGCAGAGACAACUUACCGAAAUCAACAAAGAAAUGGCAGACAGCAAACAGGCUUUACGAGAAAAAGACGAUGAACUUCAACAUGAAGCCCAGGAGGUGCAGAAAGCACAGGAGGCUCUCUGGGAGUCUGUGCAUCGGUGUGAGAGCCUCUGUGAGGUGAACACCUCCCUGAAGGAGAGAAACGAGGCGCUGCAGGACGAGCUGCUGGCGAUGAGCAACAGUCUGGCUGACUGCAAACAAGCUUUGAGACUAAAAGACGAGCAACUCCAACGUCAGGCCCAGGAACUACAGAAGGCUCUCGCUGACUUUGAACAUCAGUAUGUGAGCUUGUCUCAGAUAAAUACCUUUCUUACAGAGCAGAAGGAGGCCUUGGAAAUGAAAGUCCAACAGCUGGCCAAGAAGCUGGGUGAGAAAGAGGAGGAAAUUCGACUCCACGAUCAGGCUCUCCAACAAGAAAUCCAGAUGUUCCAAUCAAUGCUGGCUGAUCUCCAAGACUUUAAAAAGGAAUAUGUGCUGCAGAAGGUAUCUGCAGAGAACGAGGCAUCAAGAAAACUUCAGGAGGCUAACAAAGAGAAGAGCUUAGAGAGUCUUCAAGAAGCAAGCCAGCAGCUGGUGGACUCAGAACCAGAAGCUGAAUGCCACCAUGGUGAGAGUCCAUCUAACACAGAAGAUCCACCAGAGAAGGCUGAAGCAGCUGUAGACCAGAACCAGAACCUACAGCAGCGACUUCCUCCAGAGGACCUCCACAGAGAGCGCCCCGCUGCCUCUGAGCCCCCACACAGGCGGACGUCUCCCCUCCACUAUGUGUUUGGAAAGUUCCUACAGACUCUUGUGAAAAUGUACAGAAUGGGAACAUUGAGGUACUGGGUGGAAGUCUGGUAUUUCUAA